UUUGGAAAAGACCAAACAGCUGAUUGAAAACAACCCCAACCAGCCUCUGCUUGUCCUAGAGAUGGAGAGUGGAGCUUCUGCCAAGGCUGUGAACGAAUCCCUGAAACUCCUGAAGUCUCAGUCGCCAAACACUGCAGCCAUUAUCUUUACUGUAGAUAACGAUGCCGGGAAGAUUAGGUGUUUGCAUCAGGUGCCUCAGGAAGCGGCAGAUAAGGGUCUUAAGGCCAGCGAAUGGGUGCAGCAGGUAUGUGAAUUGAUGGAUGGAAAAGGAGGAGGGGAAGGACUCGUCUGCGCAGGCCACGGGAAAGAAUGUAGGCUCUCUGAGGUGCUGAGGCUGGCUGAAGACUUUGCUAAACUUUAACUGUCGAUGAAGAACUGAAUGUCAGAUACUCAUCUCCACAUCAACCCCACUCACCACCUCCAGUAAUAUACAGUAGGGGUUCCGUCCAGCAGUGAAGGGGUUGAUUCCGUGGAUCUCGUUUCAUGCAUGGUAGUCAAAUGCUGCUUUGGCAGACCAGUUUCUUCCAAUACAUGGAGUGUGACUACUUCCACUGGUUUACACCAGAUUACACGCGUCUCUAGAAAUGUGACGGAUACAUUGAGCCGAAUCCAUCCCUCCUAUUGGGACAGUGCAAAAAUCAGCCCAUCCCCGCUCGAACCCGGCUCCCUCUGUUAAAAUCUGUACCGCCGUCGCUGUUCGGGCUCAGUGCUAACAUUCUAAGUAUUGUAUGUUGUAGAAAAUCAUUCAUGUAAAAUAAAAA